AUGACAACAGAGGAUACAAUCCCGGUGUGGCUUGAUUGUGACCCUGGUCAUGAUGAUGCAUUUGCAAUUUUAUUGGCUGCGUUCCACCCGAAGUUUAAGUUAAUUGGCAUAUCAACAGUAUAUGGGAACGCUUCAUGCUCCAAUACGACCCACAAUACGUUAGGGUUGUUAGAUGUAUUAGGUUUGAAACAAGACGAAGUAAAAGUAUAUUCUGGGGAGGUAAAACCAAUGGUUAAAGUUCCGGAAUAUUCACCAGAAAUCCACGGACCAACAGGACUUGGUGGGGUUGGCAUACCUGCGACACCAAGGAUAAAAGAGUCGAAGGACCAGACAUAUUCGGAGGCGAUGAGAAAAGCUAUCUUAGAAUACCAGGGUCGUAUAUGCUUUGUAUGUACCGGUUCGUUGACCAAUAUGUCAACCCUCAUAAAAACGUACCCAGAAUUGAAAUCAAAGAUUCGUUUCAUUUCGAUUAUGGGAGGUGGAAUAAAUAUAGGAAACUCAACUGAAUAUGCAGAAUUCAACAUCAUUUGCGAUCCACAUGCAGCAAGGCACGUGAUGACGGAUACAGAUUUAUCGGGCAAGACAAUAUUGGCUCCGUUAAAUAUUACGCACACGGCUAUUGCAACUGAGACCGUUAGGAACGAAAUACUUAGUGGUAAAGACGGAACCAAUAGCUCACCACUCCGAAAACUUUUUCACGACACUAUAAUGUUCUUUGCCGAUGCAUAUCGUAUUAAUCAAGGUUUUACCGAAGGACCACCUGUACACGAUCCGUUAGCUGUUUUCCUUAUUUUAGCAUUAAAUAACAAGCUUGAUAACAUGGAAGAUGAUACCAAUUUUGUAUACUUGAAAAGGCAUGUAGAUGUCGUCGAAGAAGGAAAACAUGAAGGUGAGACCCAAAUAUGCCGGAAUGAAUUGGAUAAAAGUGAAGAAGAGGUAAACGGAAUUUAUAUAGCCAUGGAAGUGAAUAUCGAAUUAUUCUGGACCUAUGUAUUGCAGGCGCUUGAAGAAGCAGAUAAACACGUUUCCAAACCUAGUAUAGAUAUCUAA